CUCAAGUAUCCUGGUAUUGAGGCAAAGUAAGCAUGGCCCACCUGACAAAACCCGAGAAAUAUAACAUCGAGGACUCGAACAUAGCCCUCUUUGGCUCAGAUAUCGAGAAACGAGUUCACGAACAUGCGGGAGAUAAGGAGCACGCUUGGGACAAGGCAGGAACUACUUCUGGUCUCCAAAUCUGGAGGAUCGAGAAGUUCACCGUUGUGGACUGGCCCAAGGAGCGCUAUGGAUCGUUCUAUGAUGGCGAUUCGUAUAUCGUCCUGCAUACAUACAAGAAGCAUCCAGAGUCUGAGACUCUUUCCUAUGACCUUCAUUUCUGGCUAGGUUCGGACACGACUCAAGACGAAGCUGGCACUGCUGCGUACAAAACGGUCGAGCUCGAUGAUCAUCUACACGGCGCACCAGUCGAACACCGUGAGGUCCAGGGAUACGAGUCUCCACGUUUCCUCUCGUACUUCCCUCGUUUCGUUACACUUCAAGGCGGAGUGGCGACUGGAUUCCAUCACGUCUCGUCUCCGCCACCUCUGGACCUUCACCGUCUGUAUAGGAUCGGCGUGAGUCACGAUUCCGCUCACCCCACCAAGUCCAGUCUCCUGGUCCGCCAGGUGCAGGCUGAGGCGUCAAGUCUGGUCGAAGGUGAUGUUUUCGUAUUGGACAAGGGUACGGAUGUGCUGCAGUUCAACACGAGCAGCAGUGUUGGGAAGGAGAAGUUCAGGGCGGCUGAGUUUGUGCAAUCGUUGGUAAAUGAGAGAGGCGGAUCGUGCAACUCGAUUGUCUAUGACGAAGGUGGAUCAGGCGCAGGCGUAUUCCUCGCCGAAUUCAAUAUCGAGGCCCUUCCUGAUCGGCAUCACAUUGCUGAAUCCUCCGAGGUCAUCCUUUCUCUAUUCCGCAUCACGGACGACUCCGGCAGUGUACAAUUCGAACACGUCUCGCCGCCCACGUUCUCCUCCCUUUCCCCUAACGAUGCAUUCCUACUCGACAAUACUGCCACAGCCACCCAUCCUACGGUUUAUGUAUGGAUUGGGAAGGAUGCUUCUCUCAAAGAACAACGCUUCGCGUUGAAGUAUGCACAGGUCCACUUAUAUGAAAAGAAGGCGAGAGGCGAGGGAAUGCACGUGGGUGCAAAUACUGUGAAGAUGAGAGAGGGGUAUGAGAGUGAGGAGUUUGUUCAAUUGCUUGGGGGUAUGUGAGAAAGUGCUCGAUCUAUAAAGAGGGACAGUACUCAGUAUCUAUGGAAUCUGGAUGUAUCAAGCGUCACGAAAUGUAUAUUCACU